AUGAUCACUAAUGCUACUCGGAUGAAUGACUUCUCCAUCCUUGGAUUCCCUGGACUGUUACCACAGUAUUACGGACCUGUGUCAGCUCUGAUGUUUGCAGUCUAUCUUGCCAUUGCAUUUGGAAAUACAUUCAUUUUACUGUUUGUUAUGUGCGAGAAGUCUCUGCAAAAACCGACUUAUCUGGUUUUUUGCCACAUGGCGUUGAACGACUUAACAUUUGGCACCGUGACUCUCCCAAAGAUAAUAGCGAAGUACUGGUUUGAUGAUGGUGUUAUUUCAUUUUACGGCUGCUUUAUCCAGAUGUUCUUCGUGCACUAUUUAGGAGCUGCACAGUCUUUUAUCUUGAUGGUGAUGGCUCUGGAUAGAUUCAUUUCUAUAUGCAUUCCACUACGUUAUCCUGUCUUCAUUACGAAUCACAACAUAUCUGUGCUCUGUGGAUUUGCCUGGUUUAUUCCAGUAACUUUAAUGAUUGCAGUGGUUUUCCAUGCUCUGUCUUUACCGUACUGUAAGUCCAAUAUCAUCCCUCAGUGCUACUGCGACCACAUUUCUAUAAUGAGUCAGGCAUGUGGAGAGGAUGUGAAAAUAGUUACAGUCACUACCCUCUGUUUAGCCAUGUUCUGUCUCCUGCUUCCUCUGGCAUUCAUCUUAUUUUCCUACUUUUCCAUAUUAGUGGUUAUUAUGAAAAUAUCCAAUGCAACAGGCCGCAGAAAAACCUUAUCGACGUGCACCCCGCAAAUAUUUAUCACAUGUCUUUUUUACCUUCCCAGGUGUUUUGUUUAUGUGGCCAAUACUGUCGGGUAUUCGUUCAGUUUAGAUGUGCGUAUUUUACUGGUGUUGUUGUACAGUCUUUUACCUGCUGCUGUGAAUCCUGCCAUAUAUUGUUUUAAAACUCAGGACAUAAAGCAGAUGUUGGUAAAGACAUUAAAGAAAACGAGAAUUGGAACAGAUGUCAAAUUUUGA